AUGGCCGGGGCGUUGGCCGGUCUGGCCGCGGGCUUGCACGGCCCGCGGGUCGUCCCCAGCCAAGACUCGGACUCAGACACGGACUCGGAGGACCCGAGUACUCGGCGCAGCGCGGGCGGGCUGCUCCGCUCGCAGGUCAUCCACAGCGGUCACUUCAUGGUGUCGUCGCCGCACAGCGACUCGCUGACCCGGCGGCGCGACCAGGAGGGGCCCACGGGGCCCGCAGACUUCGGGCCGCGCAGCAUCGACCCCACACUCACCCGCCUCUUCGAGUGCAUGAGCCUGGCCUACAGCGGCCAGCUGGUGUCUCCCAAGUGGAAGAAUUUCAAAGGCCUCAAGCUGCUCUGCAGGGACAAGAUCCGCCUCAACAACGCCAUCUGGAGGGCCUGGUACAUCCAGUAUGUGGAGCGGAGGAAGAGCCCCGUGUGUGGCUUCGUGACCCCCCUGCAGGGGCCUGAGGCUGAUGAGCACCGGAAACCGGAGGCCGUCGUCCUGGAGGGCAAUUACUGGAAGCGGCGCAUCGAGGUGGUGAUGCGCGAGUACCACAAGUGGCGCAUCUACUACAAGAAGCGGCUCCGUAAAUCCAGCAGGGAAGGGGAUCUCCUGACCCCAAAGCAGGCCGAAGGGGGUUGGCAGCCACCGGAGCGAUGGUGCCAGCAGCUCUUCUCCAGCGUGGUGCCCGUGCUGCUUGGGGGCCCCGAGGAGGAGCCCGGCGGGCGGCAGCUGCUCGACCUCGAUUGCUUUUUGUCCGACAUCUCCGACACGCUCUUCACCAUGACGCAGCCCAGCUCCGCGCCCCUGCAGCUGCCCCCUGAGGACGCCUACGUGGGCAAUGCUGACAUGAUCCAGCCAGACCUGACGCCUCUGCAGCCCAGCCUGGACGACUUCAUGGAGAUCUCGGAUUUCUUCACCAGCUACCGCCCUCCACCGACGCCCACGGCUUCACACUUCCCGGAGCCCCCCGGCUUUGGCCCCAUGGCUGACCCUUUCUUCAGCAGUGGGGUCUUCGGCUCCGAGGUGCCCCCUGCCUCGUCAGGCGUGAGCCACCUCUCGGGGCAUAACCGCCUGCAGGCCCGGAGCAGCUGCCCUGGCGCCCUGGAUUCCAGUGCCUUCCUGAACUCUGAUUUCCUCCUUCCUGAAGACCCCAAGCCCAAGCUCCCACCCCCGCCGGUCCCCCCACCCCUGCUCCAAUAUCCUGCCCUUGCCAAGGGGCCUGGCCUAGAGCCCUGUCCGGCCCCCACCUUCCCUCCCAUGGCGCCGGCCCCUGCUUUGCUGCAGGAGGAGCCUCUCUUCUCCCCCAGAUUCCCCUUCUCCACUGUCCCUCCCGCCCCAGGAGUGUCCCCAUUGCCUGCUCCCACCGCCUUCCCAUCCACCCCACAGCCAGGUCCAGGCCCGGCCCCUGCCCCCUUCCCCAUAGACCUUCUGCCCUCGGGGUAUCUGGAGCCCCCUUAUGGGCCCCACUUCCCAGUGCCCCAAGGUAUGCGGCCCAGAGGCAGGUCCCCCACCCCAUCCCCUAGAGGGCGGAAGCCCAGCCCCCCAACCUUGGCCCCCAUCACUGCCAACCCCACUGCCACUGCCGGGGGCAGCAACCCUUGCCUCACGAAGCUGCUCACAGCAGCUAAGCCCGAGCAGAGCCUGGAACCACCGCUUGUGUCCAGCACCCUCCUCCGGUCCUCAGGGUCCCCGCAGGAGACGGCCCCUGAAUUUCCCUGCACCUUCCUACCCCCGACCCCGGCCCCCACGCCGCCCCGGCCACCUCCAGGCCCGGCCACACUGGCCCCUCCCAGGCCCCUGAUUGUCCCCAAAGCAGAGCGGCUCUCGCCCCCAGCGCACAGCGGUAAAGAGGGCUUGCGGGGCGGGAGGGAUGCCCGGGGAUGGAGAAAGGGGAAGGAAGAAAGGGGGACUCCAUCUGAGGCCAGGACGAGAGGGACAGGGCAAUGGGACCCUCUCCCCUGUGUCGUUCUGUCUGUGGGUGUGUCUGUCCCUGCCACAGGUGGUGAGCGGCGGCUGUCUGGGGACCUCAGCUCCGCACGGGGCCCAGGGACUCUGAGUGUCUGCGUCUCUCCCCCUCAACCCAUCCUAAGCCGGGGCCGUCCAGACAGCAACAAGGUGGCACUUGCCCUUACCCCGAGAUCUGUUUGCUACCCCGAGGCCCUUCCGUGCUCCCUCCUAGGCUCACCCCACUAUCUGCCCCCCAAGACCGAGAGCCGGCGCAUCACCCACAUCUCUGCGGAGCAGAAACGGCGCUUCAACAUCAAGCUGGGCUUUGACACCCUGCAUGGGCUGGUGAGCACCCUCAGCGCCCAGCCCAGCCUCAAGGUGAGCAAGGCGACCACGCUGCAGAAGACGGCCGAGUACAUCGCCAUGCUCCAGCAGGAGCGGGCGGCCAUGCAGGAGGAAGCGCAGCAGCUACGGGACCAGAUAGAGGAGCUCAACGCCGCCAUCAACCUGUGCCAGCAGCAGCUUCCAGCUACCGGGGUGCCCAUCACACACCAGCGUUUCGACCAGAUGCGAGACAUGUUUGAUGAAUACGUUCGCACCCGGACGCUGCAUAACUGGAAGUUCUGGGUGUUCAGCAUCCUCAUUCGGCCUCUGUUCGAGUCCUUCAAUGGGAUGGUGUCCACAGCAAGCUUACAGAGCCUCCGCCAGACCUCACUGGCUUGGCUGGACCAGUACUGCUCCCUGCCCGCCCUCCGGCCAACUGUCUUGAACUCUCUCCGCCAGCUGAGCACAUCUACUAGUAUCCUGACGGACCCAGGCUGUAUACCCGAGCAGGCCACGCGGGCAGUCACAGAGGGCACCCUUGGCAAACCGCUAUAGUGCCGGCUGGACACUGCCACUCGCUCGGCUACCCCGGAGCUGCUUUCCCUGGGUGUGGGCUCCAGGGACAACAUCUGGGCACUCCCUUCCUGCCCUGGGCCCUGGCUGUCCUCUGUCCUGAGGGUCUAGCAGGGCCCAAAUCUCUUCCACCUCCUGAAAGCCAGGAAGAGCUACUUUCUAAGUCGCUGCCCCACCGGUGAUGAACACUGUGACCUGGGAGACUCAUGCUGUCUCUUGGGACCUCCAUUUUCUAGUCUGCAAAAUGGGGCUAGAGAAGAUUCAACAGAUGAUGAUCCCAAGGCCUUAGUAGCUGUGACCCUUAGGACCGAAGCUGGCAACUCCGGGAGCUUGGAGGGGGUAGGGGGACGAUCCUGUUACCCUGCUCCCUGCUUCCCAACCCCACCCCCUUAGGACACAGGCCUCUGUUUCUCAGCAGAGAGGCAGAAAAGGAGGUUCCCACUCUCGGCUCCUUCGCUGGCCGCCCAGUGGGGAGUGGGGUGCUGCAGGAUGGCAUUCCUGGGCGAGGCCAGGAAGGUCAGAUCCCAGGAGAGAGCAGGGCGGGGGGUGGGGGGCAGCCAAACCAGGGACAGGCAUCUCGUGUGCAUGUGAAUGCGUGUGUAUAGAUUUUGUAAAGAAUUCUUGCCAAUAAAACCAAAAACUGUU